AUGAGUGGCAAAGUUUCUAAGAAAUCUAAUAAAAGUGAAGUUGCUUCUUUAGCUGCAAAAAUUAAAGCUAAAGCAAUUGAGAAUCAAAAGAAUGUACAAGGACCAAAUAAAGAUGAAGACUCAUCAGAGGAAGAGCAUAUUGUCGCAAAGCAAAAGAGUGAAGAACCAAAUGAUGAAGAAAAUGAGGAUAAUGCAACUGAAGUAUUCGAAUCUUUCACCGAUUUGAACUUAGUUCCAGAACUAGUUCAGGCAUGUAAGAAUCUAAAUUAUGCUAAGCCAACUCCAAUUCAAGCUAAAGCUAUUCCUGCAGCUCUUGAAGGGAAUGAUAUUAUUGGUUUAGCCCAAACAGGUUCCGGUAAGACUGCUGCUUUUGCGAUUCCUAUUCUUAACAAACUUUGGGAGGAUCAACAACCUUACUAUGCAUGUAUAUUAUCUCCAACUAGAGAAUUAGCUCAACAGAUUAAAGAAACUUUUGACUCACUUGGAUCUCUGAUGGGUGUUCGUAGUGUAUGUAUUGUUGGUGGUAUGAAUAUGAUGGACCAAGCUAGAGAUUUAAUGAGAAAGCCACAUAUUAUUAUUGCCACCCCAGGUAGAUUGAUGGAUCAUUUAGAGAAUACUCGUGGGUUUUCCUUAAGAAAAUUAAAAUUUUUAGUUAUGGAUGAAGCUGAUAGGUUAUUAGAUAUGGAAUUCGGUCCUGUUUUAGAUAAGAUUCUAAAAAUUUUACCUGUUCAGGGUAGAACUACAUAUUUAUUCUCUGCUACUAUGACAUCUAAAAUUGAUAAAUUACAAAGAGCAAGUUUAACAAACCCAGUCAAAUGUGCAGUAUCUAACAAAUAUCAAACUGUUGAUACUUUAGUGCAAACACUGAUGGUCGUACCCGGUGGAUUAAAGAAUACUUUCUUAAUAUAUCUAUUAAAUGAAUUCAUAGGUAAGACAAUUAUUAUUUUCACAAGAACUAAAGCAAACGCUGAAAGAAUUUCUGCAUUAGCAAACUUAUUAGAAUUUAAUGCAACAGCAUUACAUGGUGAUUUAAAUCAAAACCAAAGAACUGGGGCCCUGGAUCUUUUCAAAGCCGGUAGAAGAUCUAUUCUUGUGGCUACUGAUGUUGCUGCUAGAGGUUUAGAUAUCCCAUCUGUGGAUAUUGUUAUCAACUAUGAUAUCCCUGUCGAUUCUAAAUCUUAUAUUCAUCGUGUUGGUAGAACUGCUAGGGCUGGUAGAUCAGGUAAAUCAAUUUCUUUGGUCUCUCAAUAUGAUCUUGAAUUAAUUUUAAGAAUUGAAGAUGUUUUGGGGAAGAAACUUCCAAAGGAAAAUGUUGAUAAGGAUAUCAUUUUAUCAUUAAGAGAUUCUGUAGAUAAGGCUAAUGGUGAAGUUGUCAUGGAAAUGAAUAGAAGAAAUAAAGAGAAACAAGCUAGAGGUAAAGGUAGAAGAGGAAGAAUGAUGUCUAAGGAUAACAUGGAUAGAGAAGAACGUUAA